AUGCCUUUAGAUGCGUUUUCGGAGAUAAAGCAGGCUGAAAAGUCGCACACAAAGAACGAGCAGAAGGAGCAUCUUGCUGCAGUGAAGGAAACCCUUGGGCACUUCCUAAAGAAAGAGAGCAAAAUACCGAAUUUGCACGAUAUGUACAGUAAAAUAGAGGAGAUUGAAAAGGAGCAGGAGAAAGCAAAGGAUUUAGUAAGAAUAUCCCCAGAGAUAAUUGAGAAAAUAAAAGCAUUCUCAGAGCUGCCUGCAGUGAAAAGGACUGCAGAGACACGGCAAUCUACCCAGAAGUACUGCAGAACCCUGUUUGACUACACAGAGUGA